AUGGCGGCAAAUCCAGCCUCCGAACUUGCUUCAGCUGUCCAAUCCGUCCACCUCAAGCGCGACCCUUCACCCGAGCACGACGUCAAUCCUUCAACCGCGGCAUCGAAGAAAAUCCCAGGGAAUCUCGAGCCCGUGUCACCUACACCCUCUCCUCCUCGCUCUCGUUCUCAAUCCCUCAACUCCGCCGCCACCUCUGAAUCCACGUCCACGAUCCCCAGUGAAAUCAUCCAGGCGCGUCCACGCCGGAAAUCGUUCCCGCCCAUCCCAGACUUUCGCUUCGAACAAUCCUACCUAGCGAGCAUCAAGAACGCCGAUACGAAUUGGAAAGUAGCUUUCAUCACCAUCCGUGAUCAGGUGUUCUUGCCGCUGAUGCAGGGCAUCUUGUGGAACUUGGUCAUGUUUGGCUGGCGACAUUGGAACCGUGGGAGUAAAUUCCAAGGCCGGAGCUUGGGUGCUAGAGUCAGGAAAUGGUGGUGGGGAGUGAAUAAUUGGCCCAGCGAGGCCAACGCGAAUGGGGCCAAGGAUGCGAAGAUAUUGAGAAAGGCAGAGGAUUUCUUUGUGGAUCGGUUCGGGACUUCGUUGGGUGAUUGA